CUGGUCAAGGUUCACAGCUCAUGCGCAGUAAAGGCGUUCAAGAUGGCGUUCACUUUCGCGGCAUUUUGCUACAUCGUGGCAUUGUUACUGUCGGCUUGUCUCAUUUUCUUCGCCAUUUGGCAUAUCAUUGCCUUUGAUGAGCUGAAGACGGACUAUAAGAACCCUAUAGACCAGUGUAACAGUCUCAACCCGCUGGUCCUACCGGAGUACAUCAUCCAUGGCUUCUUCUGUCUCCUGUUCCUGCUGGCAGGAGAGUUCUUCUCCUUGGCUCUCAACAUACCACUCAUUGCUUACCAUGUAUACAGGUAUGCAGGUCGCCCUGUGAUGAGCAGCCCAGGCCUGUAUGACCCCACCACCAUAAUGAAUGCAGAUGUGCUAUCACAUUGUCAGCGGGAGGGCUGGAUCAAGCUGGCCUUCUACCUUCUGUCCUUCUUCUACUACCUGUACAGCAUGAUAUAUGCCCUGGUGUCAUCUUAGAGAUGCUGGGUACUUUGGCAGUGAUGCAGGUAUCAGUGGCCAGAUAAACCAUGGUCUGCUACAUGUCGGCUUCUAACAUUGGCAACUUGCGUAGUAAUGAAUAAGAUUUUCCUGUUUUCCAACAAAUCUCUGAUGCUUUUUGCUGUGCAACACCGUAAAAUUUUGAAAUAUUUAAUGACAUGUCCUAUAGGAUAGGCAGAUACUAGUAACUCUAGCUAUACCUGUAAGAUUGUUGUCAACUUAUAACUUUGACUUUUGAAGCAGGAUUACUUUAAAGACAAACUAAGAAUUGAGACAUUGUUGCUGAAGUGGAGUAGACAUGUACAUGUAGGUAGGUUUGUGUCCCAAACAGUGGUGUUCUUUGAUUGUUGCAUAUGGCAAUUGUUUCUUCUACUUUGGAUGCAUUGAUGCAGUAGCCUACACUAAUGUUACAACUCAAAAGACAACAAUACUCGUCAGAAGUUCGUAGAUCACUGGAUCUCUAGUCAGUUUUGAGAAAGACUUUGAAAGUGGUUUAUGCAUUGUAUUUGAAUGGAAAUACAUGUAUAUAAAAAACCUGGUUGCAGCUAAAACUGAAAAGAGCAUGCCAUAUUAUUACAACAAAGAUAAGCUCUGAAAAAAUGUUUUCAUUUUACUAGAUAUACAGUUAGUAGUACAUUGUAAUAGUAACAAUAGGUGUUGAUAUAUAGGGCCUCUGUGCUUUGACUAGGAUGUACUUUAAUGAUACAAAGGUAAGUAAGUAGGACAAACUGCAUUUAGUAUUUUGCUGAAAUAAUCACCAUGGCUGGGUUAGCUUUGGUGAACGCUCCAAGCUGUGAACUGAACUGUAUCAUUUUGACACGGUCUGUUGAAUCAGGGUUGAUGCCAAACAAGCUGUUUUGACUUUGUGAGUGUAUGUUGUUUUUUGACUGGGUAUUAAUAGCAAGACGCAGGGGGUAAGAUGAUGCCAGACCUUGUAUAGUCUCAGCAAGCAAAACCUGCAGCAAGGUAGUACCAUUUUUUUGGACAAUCUAUUUGCUUUAUAUGGAAUAAUAUACAGGGGAAGGAUUGGGAUUUUGGUGUGACUUAACAUGAAAAGUUGGUUGUUUUUGGAGCACCACAGCAGCUAUACUUGCCAUGUUCAUCACCUCAGUGUUGAAGAAGACCUGUAGAAAAGAUGCUGCAUGGUCUGAAAUUAUGAUGUGCAUUUUUACAUUACUAGCUGUGGACAAAAAGUGAGAUGUCAUGGACUUAGUGAUGAUGUCACAAAGAUGAGCCAGGGACACAGGUGUGAGAUAUGAUCAAGUGUAGUGAAGUUGUGUCAAACAUGAACAUUAAACUGCCAAUUUUCCUUU